AACUUUGAAAUUAAAACAGUUUUAAGCAACUUGUUCAGAGUUUUAAAAAAAAUACACGAACAGAUCUAAAUAUAGUGGAACAUUACGAAGGUGUUUGAAGGAGAGAGAGAAACGCAGACGAAACCAAAUCAAAAAGGUAAAAGAAAGCCCCGUCACUUCCUGCUGAGAUGACGAUUGAUAUUUCAAACCUCAGAGAGAUUUCUCAUUCACACAGAGACAUCAGCAGCACCGCAGCUCUGAGAGUGAUGCUUAUGAUCCAGUAAGCCAUGAUGAGAGGGCGGCUCCUGUUUGUGCUCUGGUGCUUCAGCAUCCUGGCAGCGGCCCGCAGCAUCACAGUUUCAUGUGUGAGUGACUACAUCACAAACAUAACCUGUGUGGUGAACGGCAUCAACAUCAGACCUGACAACUGCAGCCUGAAGUUCACUUUUACAGAAAGCAACACGUGUCCAAUCGUGGCGACUGAUCAGGGUUACUUCUGCAACUGUAAAGUUUCAGAUUCAGAAAUGUCAAGCUUUUAUACAUAUGAAAUACAGUUUUGUAAUGAAUCUUGCUACAAAGUUCUCCAAAGUCCCUUCAAACCAAAACUUAACAUUAAGCUGAGUCCACCCCCUGCAGUGGAUCUCCAAAAAUCAACAGAUUAUAUUAACAUGACCUGUAAGAGUGACAGGUAUGAAGAACACAUGUACCUUAAAGGCAGACUCAAAUAUGAAGCUCUGCUUCAAGAAUCCCACGGCAGCUGGAACAGAACUGUUUCCCUCACACCACCUAAAAAUGAUUAUGCAAUUCCUAGCAAAGCAUUGCUCAAACAAAACACAGAGUACUGCGUGAAAGCCAGAUUUAAGGCUGAAGACACACGUGACCAGAACUCUGUGUGGAGUGAGUGGGGUGAACCAGUAUGUUGGACAAAUGAACAAAUGACAGAACAAGAAGACAUAGUUCCUAUUUUACUCAAAUCUCUGGGUCCCGCCUGUUUUAUUAUUGUCAUCGUCCUGUUUGUUUUCUACAAUCCUGCUACAAGAAUGAAGAUAAAAACUCUGGGCCGCACACCAACACCGGCCCCGUUCUUUAAGCCUCUGUUUCAGCAACAUGACGGAAAUCUACAGGAGUGGCUUUCACCUCACGGCAAGUAUGAUCUGACGUACAAAACCGAGGAGGACUUGAUCACCGAUGACGUGACUGUUGUGCCAAAGUCCAGCCCAAAGGAUUUAGAGGAGAACCAAGUCUUCCUCACCUCUCCAGGAACGCAGCUGGUCUUCCCUCUGAGUCACACCUCCUACGUUGGUUUUCCAGGGAUGGAGAAAACCUCUGCUCCUCCCUAUCCAGGAGACACUCCGUACACUCAGCUCCCCUGCUCCGUUUGGAGUCCCUGCGUCCAAAACGUAGAAGUUGUUUGCUCCGAUCCAAAAGGUUUCCUCGAGAUAAGCCGUUCUGAUUCUGGUUGCAGCUGCGAGGAUCUGACUCAGAGCCCAGAGUGCAGCUUGCCUUGCAGUCCUGUGGAUGAGAUCCCGACACCCAGUCACUGUAGCGACUACUGCAUCCUCAACAAGACCGCUCAGGGAGUCGUUCCUGUGCUGCUGUCCAAAGAACGUCCUGCAGAUGUUCCCGACCAUUCUCUGAAGUCAGAAGGAUGAAAACUCCUUCUGUUUGUUCAUUUAGCAAAAAAUGGCUUUCAUCUGCUCAAUGCCAGUCAACAAACCUGCCAUGUUUCCCAUGCCUGGUGAAACUUAUCAGUUUGCACUUGCAAAGAAGUAGUUGAAUGGUGAAAGCAAAAUGAUUCUCAGUUUGUAAUAGACCUGCAGGAUAUCUGUGACCUGUCUGAGAACGUGAAGGUUUCACUUGUUCUUGGCAACAGACUGUUUUUUUUCUGCUUUUUUUGUUUCAGCUAAAGGAAAAGAAUGAAUCAUUUAACAGAGAUUCUGGUUAACAAUAGCUUUCUGAUUGUUUUGAGAUGCAUUACUUUCAAUAUAUUUUUGCCAGGGUUGAAAUAUUUUAGUAUGGUUUCAUAGGAAACUUUUUUUUUUAUUUGUGCCAUUCAAUGCACACGUUGAGUUUACUCUGACUCCAUUUAAUCAAGUCAGAACAGACUCUGUUCGCCUGAAAGUGUUCUUGGCUUCAGAUGUAAAAAGGGUCAGAAAUGGUAAUGUACUGAUAAACCUCUAAAUUUAGGCAGAAAAAUGGUUUCUCCAUCAUUUUUUGCCAUGUAUUUUUUCUUUAUUUUUUUGCACAGCAUCCUGAUCUGCUUAUAAAACAAGCAGAAAAUUAUGGAUCUAGAAGUUGAAUUAUGUCUCUCAUAAUUUCACUAAGGGACAUUGAACUUUUAAAGCAUCACUGAAAAUGUCUUCAUCUUUGCCGUAUUUUAUACUACUUUCAUCAGGUACUUUCACAUUAAUGUCCUGAAUAUAUCUGCAGCUGAAUGUUGAAUUAACAUGUGAAUCUCCUGUUUAGAAAUUUAAGAGAUUGUCACUUUGUCUACAGCAGAAGAACGAUGUGCUACUAAAUUUAUAAGAUGGAGUAGCAAUCAAAACUAUCCAAUCAAAAACUGAAAAAGCAAACAUCUGGAAACCAAAUGUAACCAAAAAGGCACAAACAUGCAUGGGAAGAACAUGCUAAAACGAAAGUGUAUCCAUUUUGCCUCUUUUUGUUCUUUUGCAAUAAAAAAAUAAAUAUUCUUUUGAAACUGGAAAAAAAAAGUGGUAAAGAAGCUGCUAAACUGAGUUGUAUUUCAGGUUAUUCUGUCAUUUAC